UGAUCACAUUUUACAGGGGCAAGCAAAGCAGACGUCGCUUCCGGGAUCCUGCCAUUUUGCUGCUGAUGCUCAAAGCAAGCCGCGUCCAGACUAGCUGGUGCUGGCUGCAGCCAUUGUUUUGAAGUACAGCUCAUUAUUUUUUUUUAACGAGACUAAAUCAGUUUUUAACAAUUGAAGACGUCAUCAAAGUAGAAUGUCAGAUUUCGACCACAACCCGUUCGCGGACCCUGAAUUCAAUAACCCUUUUCAGGAUCCGUCGGUGACCCAAGUAACACAGAAUGCUCCUCCAGGGUUGGAAGAGUACAACCCCUUCACAGAUGCCAAGCCGGUCCACCCUGGCCCAGCGCCUAAAUUGCCGCCCCCCCCCACCACCACCACCAACACACAACCAGCCAUCAUGAAGCCUACUGAAGAACCUCCUGCAUACUCGCAGUCACAGGAGCAGGCGUGGGCGGCUACAGAGCUGCUGAGGAGACAGGAAGAGCUGGAGAGGAAGGCCGCCGAGCUAGACCGCCGCGAGAGAGAGAUGCAGUCGCUCAGCACAUCAGGAGGUAGGAAAAACAACUGGCCUCCUCUCCCGGAGAAGUUCCCCGUGGGCCCCUGUUUCUACCACGACAUCACUGUGGACAUCCCUGUGGAGUUCCAGAAGACUGUCAAGAUCAUGUACUACAUCUGGAUGUUCCACACAGGGACGUUGUUCGCCAACAUGUUUGGCUGUCUGGCCUGGUUCUGUGUGGAUGCGACCAGGGGAGUGGACUUUGGUCUGGCCAUGCUCUGGUUCAUGAUCUUCACCCCCUGCUCCUUCGUCUGCUGGUACAGACCCCUCUACGGAGCUUUCAGGAGUGACAGCUCGUUCCGUUUCUUUGUAUUCUUCUUCGUGUACAUCUGUCAGUUUGGCGUUCACGUGAUGCAGUCCAUCGGCAUCAACGGCUGGGGCGCCAGUGGGUGGAUCUCCGCUCUGACUGGCCUGAAUAAGAGCAUCCCUGUUGGCAUCAUCAUGAUCCUCAUCGCUGCUCUUUUCACUGCCCUGGCUGCCAUGUCACUCAUUAUGUUCAAAAAGGUCCAUGGCAUGUACCGCACCACAGGGGCCAGCUUUGAGAAGGCCCAGGCCGAGUUCGCCACGGGCGUCAUGGCCAACAAGACGGUCCAGACCGCCGCUGCCACCGCCGCCUCCAACGCCGCCAGCGGAGCCUUCAAGCAACAGAUCUGAUUGGCCCCCGGAGUCCGCCCUAUUUCUUCACUCCGUCCAAUCCCCCCCCCCCCGAGCUGAGCUCAAGCUUCCCUGCCCUCCCAACCUAGCUCUACUCGCAUGACUAGGAUGAGACCAUAGAGAGAGGUAGAGGGCUCGUCUCUGUAUCUGUGGCGUUGUAGUCGUCUGUGACAGCAUGGGGCAGCGCCAUUGAGGCUACAACCCAUAAAAAAAAUACAGACCCAGUUGACUACUUUUUGAUUUCUUUAACCCCCUUAUGUUGAUGUCCGCGCCCCCACGGAAAUCUAAUUCGCAUUAACAUAAUAAGCAUAAUAAAAUAAUCCCCGUAAAAAUGUGUCAGUUUAAGCUUGCGAGAUGGUGUAUUGGAUGCGUCUCAGUCCACCGCAUGCGCCCAUGCCACACUUCCGCAUCUGCAGUGAAAGGUGAUGGAGCUCGAGCGGCGUUUGUCCGACCAAGAGACGUCCUGAAAAUGGUUCUGCUCACAAAAUCGUCCGUAGCAUCCGAAAGUUUUCUAGUCCAAACAAAUCUAUGUAAAGAUGGGACUCUCACGAACACAAUGGUGUUUUGCUCUACGACCCCCCCCCCCCCCCCCCCCCCCACAAACCAUCUUGGGCCUCAUCUCGAUAUGCCAACUUCUGUCUGUAGUUUCCGAACAAUACCCCUCUGUGGAAAGGCGGUACUCUCAUGAUCACGUCCAUGUGGGUUGUUUUGCUCUAGGAGGCCCACAGGCCUCACAAGACUCGUCUUAAAGGUUCCCCGGGACCAGUAAACUUUUCUGGAAGUAUAUAUGGAGACUGUUUAGCCAAAAAUAAGGGGUUUAAUGCAUGUAAUAAAAAAUAAGAUAUUUCCUGAUCUUUCUCAUUUCUGAUAUAGGACAGACACAAUAAACUUCCUUUAGAUUUUUUUGGGGGGGUGACUGUUGUUCCAUAUAGUGAAUGAUAUUCAAUCAGUUUGUAUGGGCUAAGCACAAAGGCUCAAAUUUUUUAAUAAAAAAAUAUACUUCAAGGGGUCUUCAAAUGUCAAAAUCAAAUAGCAAAGUGAUCCUUUGUAUGACCUCUGAAAAUAAUUCCAUAUAGCUUAGUAGAACCCCCCUCUCCCCUGGCUUAAAAUGGCAGAAGCACUCAAUGGCGCUGCCCAUGCUGAAAUGGGCUUUUGGCCAAUAGAGGCCUCGAUCAUUCUUUCUGGAUGAGACCUAGAAGGAUGAGCCCACUGAUGUCAUAGUAGAUGAAAGCAGGAAGUGAGAGGCUUGGUGUUUAAGUCGUUUAAUUCAGUUCCUCCCAGUGCAGAUCUACAUCCUGUGGAAUCUAGAGGUUUAGGACAUCACCGUCUUAUCCUUCUCGUUUCAUCCACCAACCCCCGCCUCUCAUCUUGCCCUGAGGGCUGUAACUCCGCUCACCCUAGUGGCUUUAUUAAAACACUCCUGUCCUGUGUCUGUCUGACCCCACACCACUUAGUCAUGUCACUAUACAAGUGUUUGCAAACUUUCCUUGAAGUGUGUGUGUGUGUGUGUGAAUAUUAGUCUCUCUAUAUGUUAAUACCGAGGCCUAUACAUUGUGUACGUUCCACAUCCAGUUUCUGUCACUCCCUCUGAUGGAAGUAAAUUCCCUUCACCAAGACUCAAAUGGCUGUAGCUAUCCAUAAACGUACAUGACUCAUUUAUUCACUGGAUUUAACCAAGUACCGUUAGAAAUGUUUAACACUUAAUGAAAAAAACAAACAAACACUUGUUUUGAACCCUGCGCCAGUCUGCCCUCUGGUGGUGAGACCUGGUAGUGUUGAGUGCUGCGCAGUCCAACGUUGUCACCUCGGGAAUCGUCUAGACUGAUUAAUCUCAAGAAGCGAGUGUAAACCCAUCCGUGUUCUAAACAAGGAAGUGUCUCAGAAAUCAGGUUCGGUGUCUUGGUUAGAUUUUUUCCCCCUCACCUUCUCUUGUCUCACAGCCAUGUCGUAGUAGCUUUUAAGUCUUGCCUUUUGAUAACAUCUUGUUCUCAAUAACAAUUUUUUUAUAUUAUAAACAAAGAAGCCAGAUGACAGGGACCUAAAUGUCAUAGCCUCUAUCCUUGUCCCUUGCUUUAGUGGUAACGUUGCACUUCACGUAGUUACCGCAUCACACACGCACGUAUGUAUACAAAGCCACCCCCCCCCCCCCCCCAAAACCCGAUGCUUUCAGACCUGCAAAUGUAUGCUAGCUGAGCUGUAUGCUAACAACUGACUCCAGUGAGAGAGUUGGCUCAUCUCUAGGCUAGGUUUUCUACCCGGGGAUAUAUAUACAGUACCUCAGUCAGUGCUCUUUACCCGAGCUUGCUGAUCUACAGGACACUGCUCUGGUCUACGCCUCUCUGUAUUAUAGAAGUCUAUGGUUUGUGAGUGAACGAAACGGUCUUGUUUUGAAGUUAAAAUGCUGUGCAUUAAACUGAACCGGUCCAGUAAUCCCUGUGUCUCCAAACUCUCCAAGAACAGGUGAAAUCUCCCAGUAAUAUCAUUGGUCUAUGCUGCAUGGAUGUGUCGACGCUGAUAGCCUGAGUAUUCAUUGUAUGAUUGAGUGAAAGGAGCAAUUCCCCCCCUCCCUCCCCCAAGUGUUUUCGGCCUUCUGAUCCCGAGAGUGGCUUAUGUUUUUGUUCUGUGCGUCAUCCUCUUAGUUGUAUGUUAUUCAUCACCAUGUUGGUCGAGAUGCAUAAGCUCUAGCUGCCUUGUUUUGAGUGUAAAAGCGUGAACCUGCCUGUGACUUUCACCUUUUGAGUGUGACAUGAAGGGGGGGGGGGGGGGGGGGGCGUGUGAUGUAAUACCAUUUUGGUGUGUGUGUGUCAAAGUGAAGUCUUAACAAGGAUAACUGGCUGUUCAGUUGAAUGCUAUUGUGGGCAGGGCAGAGACAUGCUGAGGUCUUCCCUUCUGUUGCUGCAGGAUACCUGUUGUGUUUUUCAGCUUUUUUUUUAAUACCUAAUAUAGAUCUUCCUGUUUUCCUUUUAGACUGAUAGUCAUCUCUCCGAGGUUUGUUAGUGUCUUGAGUUUAUGCCUGUGAAAGUGUGUGUGCCUGCGCGUGAGAGACUGUGUGCUGAGCUACAAUGUUGUUCUUCCUCUUUUGAAAAUCUAAAUGAAUGGCACCUGAAUGUUCCUGUUAAUAAUUUGUUGGCUUGAAAACAAAUGGGGGGGAAAAUGCAUCAACUGCUUAAUGUGAGAGAGGGGGAAGUAAGCAACGUGAACUGAACAUCAGAGAGUCCGUCGGGGGGAGUAAGCAACGUGAACUGAACAUCAGAGAGUCCGUCGGGGGGAGUAAGCAACGUGAACUGAACAUCAGAGAGUCCGUCGGGGGGAGUAAGCAACGUGAACUGAACAUCUUUUGAGAUGGACUGUGGCUUUAACUUGUACUUUUUGAAUCAAUGACACAAGUAUGUAGAAAACACUGAAUGAAUAUGAAAUUGGUCUCAUUUCUGACUGGAAUAAAUUGAAGUUAUUUAAAGAAAGUGAGCAGUCUUUAUGAUGUUUGUAUAUUUUGUAAAGUUUGACGACUGGUCAGCUGGUGCCCUGAAUUGAAUUUUACUGUACAGAAGCUCUGUCUCUCCUUCAAGUUGCAUGUUGAGUAGUUUGUUUUGUAUAUUGUAUUAAUGCUAAAUAAAAUCCUAAAGUCAACUCCA